CAAGGCAGCAGUUGUGGCAUGCUGUGAGCUAGCUUUCUCAAAUGGUCACCCAAAUUAAAUGUAAAGCAGCAGCGACUAGCACGGCACGCCGAAGCGAGGCAGUUGAAAUGAGUGACUUACCAGUGGUGAAGAGCACUAUGAAUACCCUUAGCCAGAGAUCGCCCUAUAGUCAGAUCGGGAUGGGGGCCGCCGCCGGCUUCCUCACCGGCUUUGUGCUCCUCAAGGCGAGUAAGAUGGUGGCCGUGGCCGCAGGAGGGACGAUCCUGGUGACCGAGCUGGCGUUGCAGGCAGGCUUCGUCCGACUGGAUAUUCUCAAGAUAGUGUUGCAGCCGGAGGAGGAUCGGACUCGGGGCCAAUUGCAAGUCACCAGUGGAGCGCAUUUGGAGAGGACCAAUCUCUCCCGCGUUCAGGAACUGGGGGAUAAGGCCAGGAAGGCGUGCGCCGCUAGCGGCCGCCUCUGUGUGGCCUUUUUGGGCGGCUUUCUGCUUGGUUUUGGCUGGGCUUAACUAAUGCAAAUUACCAAAGCUACAGAGCUACAUGUAAUAUAUUUAAAUUGCGAACCAAA